AAAAACACAUGUAAAGCAAAAAAAAAUAUAUAAAAGUGGGCCAUUCCUUAGAUUAUGUUUUCCUCCAUUCAUGUACACCACACUCCCAAUCCUCCACACAUUUUCCACCAUUAUUAUUUAUAAAUCUUGCCACACACUUUUGACUUCUCUCAAACCCCAACCCCUCACCAUGGCCACCGGAGAACUCACCACCACCACCACCGUCCAAAUCCACCACCGCCGCCUCCCCGACUUCCUCCAAACCAUCAACCUUAAACACGUCAAACUAGGCUACCACUACCUAAUCUCACACAUACUAACCCUAUGUUCAAUCCCCAUAAUAAUCAUAACAAUAAUGGAGUCAUAUGAUAUGAGCCUUAACGACCAGCUGCAUGACUUAUGGCAAGAUUUGCAAUACAAUGUUGUGAGUGUGGUGAUAUGUUCGGCUGUUUUGGUGUUCGGGUCGACUGUCUACAUUAUGAGGAGACCGAAACAUGUUUAUCUUGUUGAUUACGCGUGUUAUGGUCCUCCAAAUGAAUUAAAAGUUCCUUAUGAACGGUUCAUGAAGCAUUCUAGAUUGACUGGUGAUUUUGAUGAGUCGUCGUUGGAGUUUCAGAGGAAGAUUCUGGAACGAUCUGGACUCGGUCAAGAAACGUAUUUUCCGGAAGCGAUGCAUACUAUUCCUCCAACUCCCUCCAUGGCUGCCGCUAGGGUUGAAGCUCAGCAGGUUAUGUUUGGUGCAUUAGACACACUGUUUUCUACCACUGGAAUCAAACCAAAAGACAUAGGAAUUCUAGUGGUGAACUGCAGUUUAUUCAAUCCAACACCAUCAUUAUCCUCCAUGAUUGUUAACAAGUACAAACUAAGGGGCAACAUUAAAAGCUUCAAUCUAGGAGGAAUGGGCUGCAGCGCGGGUGUAAUCGCGAUCGAUCUAGCAAAAGAUAUGCUACAAGUUCAACGAAACACAUACGCUGUUGUGGUCAGCACCGAAAACAUCACUCAAAACUGGUAUUUCGGGAACAAGAAGUCAAUGUUGAUCCCCAAUUGCCUGUUCAGAGUUGGUGGAUCCGCGGUUCUGUUAUCGAACAAAUCUGUUGAUAGAUCACGAGCCAAGUACCAGCUCGUUCAUGUGGUCCGAACGCAUAGAGGAUCGGAUGAUAAGGCAUUUCGUUGUGUGUAUCAAGAACAAGACGAUAAUGGGAAGACAGGUGUUUCGUUAUCGAAAGAUUUGAUGGCGAUCGCUGGUGGAGCGUUGAAAACGAACAUUACGACGUUGGGUCCGCUUGUUCUUCCUAUCAGCGAACAGUUGUUGUUCUUUUGUACGUUGAUCGCGAAGAAAUUGUUCAAGAAGAGUAUUAAACCGUAUAUUCCGGAUUUUAAACUUGCAUUUGAUCAUUUUUGUAUACACGCGGGUGGUAGAGGUGUGAUCGACGAGCUGGAGAAGAAUCUCCAGCUAUCGCCGACGCAUGUUGAGGCGUCACGAAUGACGCUUCAUAGAUUUGGGAACACGUCGUCGAGUUCGAUUUGGUAUGAGUUGGCUUACAUUGAAGGGAAAGAAAGGGUUAGAAAGGGUCAUAGAGUUUGGCAGAUUGCAUUUGGGAGUGGGUUUAAGUGUAAUAGUGCUGUUUGGAAGGCGUUACGGACCGUAAAACCAGCUGCCCAUAGUCCUUGGUCGGAUUGUAUCGAUAAGUAUCCUGUCGAAUUGGUUAUGUAAGGUUUAUGGUUUAGGGUUUAAUCGAGUUAUUGUUUCCCAAUCGUCGGUUAUAGUAUGCGAUUUGAUUA